UCACUACUUAAUCCAAGUCAAACUGCAAAUUAAUUAACAAUGCCUUGCUCCGCCAUGUCAAAAGCUUCUGGAGCUGUAACUUUGGUCAACAAAUGUACCAUUUUUCCCUCUCAAAAAUCAUCUAUUCCUGACCUCAAACUCUCUGUUUCUGACCUUCCUAUGCUCUCCGUUCACUAUAUUCAAAAAGGUUGUCUCUUUACUUGUCCUUCUUUUUCCAUCACUCACCUCAUUUCCCUUCUCAAGCUCAGUCUUUCUCAAACUCUCACUCACUUCCCUCCUUUGGCCGGUCGUCUAUUGACUGACCAAGAUGGUUACGUCUACAUUUCUUGCAAUGAUACUGGUGUUGAUUUUGUAUACGCCACUGCUACUGACAUUUUCAUUCGCGAUGUUAUUGGCUCAAUUGAUGUUCAUGAUCAUGUUAAAGAGUUCUUCCCUUUUGAUCGUACAGUGAGUUAUCAAGGGCAUUUUAGUCCUCUUCUUGCUGUCCAAGUAACGGAAUUAGUUGACGGCGUCUUCAUUGGCUGCGCCGUCAACCACUCCGUCACUGACGGCACGUCAUUUUGGAACUUUUUUAAUACCUUUGCUGAGGUGAGUAGAGGUGUGAAAAGGAUUACGAAGCAGCCGAAUUUCACCCGUAAUUCAAUUUUGAUCUCAAAUGCAGUAUUAAAACUCCCAGUUAAUGGACCCAAAGUCACCUUUGACGCUGACGCUCCAUUGAGAGAGAGGAUUUUCAGUUUCAGCAGGGAAUCAAUUCAAAGACUCAAAGCAAAAACGAACAAUCAGAAAUGGAAUUUCAACGAAGAAAUUAACAUUGUUGAAUUGAUGGCGAAACAGAGCAACGAUCCCUUGAUAAUGAGAACUGAAAAGGUAGCUGUAAAUUCAACGGCUGAGAUUUCAUCAUUUCAAUCGCUUUGCGCAUUGUUGUGGCGUGCAGUGACACGUGCGAGAAAAUUCCCAGCUUCCAAAAUGACGACGUUCCGAAUGGCUGUAAACUGCCGUCACCGUCUCCACCCGAAACUCGAUCCGUUAUAUUUCGGCAACGCAAUUCAGAGCAUUCCAACAUAUACAUCAGCUGGAGACGUAUUAUCACACGAUCUGCGUUGGUGCGCGGAACAAUUGAACAAAAACGUGAAGGCACACGAUAAUGUUAUGGUGAGGAAGUUUGUAGAGGAUUGGGAGAAGGAUCCACGGUGUUUUCCGUUAGGGAAUUUCGACGGAGCUAUGGUAACAAUGGGAAGUUCGCCGAGAUUCCCAAUGUACGACAAUGAUUUCGGGUGGGGCAGACCCGUUGCUAUUCGGAGCGGGCGGGCGAACAAGUUUGACGGGAAGAUAUCAGCGUUUCCGGGGAGAGAAGGAGGAGGAAGCGUUGAUUUGGAGGUGGUUUUGUCACCGGAAACAAUGGAAGGCAUUGAGUUAGACACAGAGUUCAUGCAAUAUGUUUCUGGGUAUUAAAUUGCAUGCGCCAAAUUGUGAGCUUUGUAUUUGGGAGGCAGGAUUUUAAUAAAAUUAUUUGUGGGGUGAAGCUGUAACAUAUUAAAUGUUGUUUAAUUUAAUUUGUUUCUUAAUCUUUGUG